GGAUUUGACCCGGUGUAGGAUCGAGAGCAAGAGAAAAAAUCGCACUGCUGGUUUAAUGUCGUCGGAACCUCCACCUUUCCAGGAAGCAGCACGCUGCGACGUCUGCAAUUGUAGUUUCAACGCAUUCAAACGACGGCAUCACUGCCGUUGUUGUGGUAGGACCUUUUGCCAUGAACAUUCAUCAAAUCAAAUGGCUUUACCUCAAUUUGGCAUUCAGUCAUGUGUUAGAGUUUGCUCCGAUUGUUUUAAUACCUCAUCUCGAUCUGGGGGUGAUGAUUCAUGGGCUCCAAUAAAUAGCGUGGAUGCUGUGGCAGAUUUGAUUCCCAGAUUAGACAAAGCAACUCUCGAUGUGAAGGAUGACCUAAUGAUGGGGCCAGACCUUAUUGUGAAUAAUCAGGACUGCAGGUGUGGGAUGCCUUUAUGCAUUUGUGUAGCUCCAGACCCAGACCCAGUUCCUUCUCCAUUGAAGAUGCAAACUGCUUCCAUUUCCACCACACAGUCCAGCCCAAGAGUAAGGAAGUUGGACAAUGUUCCAAAGAAUGCCCGUUCUGUUUCGAACAGCAAUCCCAGUUCACUUUUCAGUCUAGGUCAAAUGACAAAUGGUAGCUUGGAUCAUCCUCAGAUGGAUUAUGAAGUUAAUGGUGAGGGUUUAAGAGAAGCUAUUAAGAACAGAGACAUUGCCGCAGUCAAGAAGCUUCUGAGUGAGGGUGUGGAUGCAAAUUACUGUGACAAACAAGGAUUAUCCUUGCUACACUUGGCAGCACUCUUUAAUCUUACUGAGAUUUCUUUUGCACUCAUGGACCAUGGAGCUAGAGUGGACUGCAAGAAUGCACAAGGGGAAACACCUCUAGAUUGUGCUCCUGUGAUGUUGCAGUUCAAAAUGCAGAAGAAGAUAGAAGGUGGUGGUGGUGGUACGGGUACAUAGAUGGAUGGAACCCAUAUCACAUGUGAUGUGGAAGCAUACUCUUCUUAGGAAAGGGUAGUUGCACGUGCUAGUGCAAGAACGUUCCCAUUGUGAUCAUACUUUUGGACCCAUGCAUUUUAGGGAUAGUCCUCCUACCUUGUUGAGGCCACUACAGUGGAAGUUUUUCUGCAUGCCCAUGUGAAAUUUGCAUUUCCUUU